GGGACAUCUCAAGUGGCUCUUCCACUCUUGUCAAUUUGUCGUUACUUGAUAAAAAAUAGUGUAUGUGUGUGUAUAUAGACUCUUUUUUUUUUUAACCGAGGAACCAUUCAGCCCAGCAUGCCAUUUGAAUAGCUGAGUGGGCGUAAAUCUCGUGUGUGUAUAUAAACUGCUUGUCAUUCAACACUGAUCAUCCUGAGUUCCUUCUUCACUUUCCAAAUAUGGAGCAAUACCAAGUUUCCUUUCAUCGCUUGUUUUGCCUGUUGUUUCUGAGUUCUCUUGUGUCCUGUCAACUAGAUUAUAGAUUCUAUGAUACUACUUGUCCCAGCCUCUCGAAUAUUGUUCGAUACGGCGUUUGGUCAGCGAUUGCAAAUGAUACUAGGAUGGCAGCGUCUCUUUUGCGGCUUCACUUCCAUGACUGUUUUGUUAAUGGAUGUGAUGCAUCUCUGUUGCUCGAUGACACCGCGACGAUGAAGGGGGAGAAGACUGCGCUGCCUAAUCAAAAUUCUGUUCGAGGUUACGAGGUCAUCGACAACAUUAAGGCUAACUUGGAGAAAGCUUGUCCGGCUACCAUUUCUUGUGCUGAUAUAGUUACUCUUGCAGCAAGAGAGGCAGUUUAUCUUACUGGAGGCCCAUUUUGGGCGGUACCCUUUGGCCGCAGAGAUGGACUGACAGCAAGUGACAGUGCAGCGAAUGAGCAGCUCCCUUCGCCCUUUGAACCCUUGGAGAACAUUACGGCAAAGUUCACUUCAAAGGGUCUUGACUUGAAAGAUGUCGUGGUUCUCUCAGGUGCGCACACUAUUGGCUUUGCUCAAUGCUUCACAUUCAAACCAAGGCUUUUCAACUUCGGCGGCUCCGGUAAGCCUGAUCCAGCACUAGCUUCAUCACUCCUUCAGAGCUUGCAAGGAACAUGCCCAAAUCAAGCUAAUUCUGAUACCAACUUGGCUCCUUUGGAUCCCGUUACCUUCAACAAAUUCGACAACAUCUACUACACCAAUCUUCUGAACAACUCUGCUCUUCUCCAGUCUGACCAAGCACUUAUGGGAGACAACAGAACUGCUGCCAUGGUCCUCAACUACAGCAAGUUCCCUUACUUGUUCUCUAUGGAUUUUGGAACAUCGAUGAUCAAGAUGGCCAACAUUGGUGUACUUACUGGGAAGAGGGGAGAAAUAAGAAAGAAUUGUAGGGUUGUGAACUAGAUUAGUUUUUAGUUUUAUUAUCUGUACGUAACAAUGUCAAAGCUUUAUCGAUGAGAGGGAAACAACCCGGAUCACCAGCUAAGGCCCCUAAAUGACGCCGGGUAAGCUCAAAUGUUUCUUAUUUUAGGCACUAGGUGAGUGAUGGUUAGGGACAAACCUCUUGUUUUAUUAGGUUCUAAGCAGUCUUAGUAGUCUACUGGGUGUGUUUAUUUAAAAACAUUGUCCUUUCUGUUUGGUUUGUAACUUUGUAUGUAAAUGGCGACGGCAUAACCUAUGAUAUUAAAUAAACUUUACUCUUGGCAAUGGAAAGAUUGGAAGAAAGUUGAGA